UCAGCGCCAGGCCCCCUGUAGUCCCCGCCCCCAGAGCCCAGGCCGGCCGCGCUCUGCGCUGGGCCCGCCCCGCGCACGUGUUGCCGUGUGCUAGGUGGCGGCUGCGGAAAAGGUUUACAACGGUGGCAGCGCUCAUGGCAGGUCCCCUGUGGCGGGCCGCAGCGUUUGUGCAGAGACACAGGACAGGCCUGGUGGUGGGUUCCUGUGCAGGCCUAUUUGGGGCCCAGAUCUCAUACCACGUCUUCCCAGAUCCUGUGAUCCAAUGGCUAUACCAGUACUGGCCUCAGGGCCAGCCAGCCCCACUCUCCCCAGAGCUGCAGAGGCUCUUCCAAGAGGUGCUACAGGACAUUGGUGUCCCCGCAGGCCAUAGCUAUGAGCCUUUCACCACCUUCACCUUCCAGCCUGUGAGUGCUGGCUUCCCGAGACUCCCCGCCGGGGCGGUAGUGGGCAUCCCAGCCAGCUUCCUGGGUGGCUCAUUGACCAACACUGAUCAUCCAGUGGUUGUACAUGGGCAAAGAGUGAACUGGCAGAGCCCAGCAGGUGCCCGGCUGAAAGAUGCCCUGACCCUGUCCCGCGACGCCCAGAAGUUUGCCUUGGCCAAGGAAGUGGUGUACCUGGAGAGCAGUGCAGCCGCCCUACAGGCUCUGCCGGCCCCAGCUUGCCUGGCAGGAACGUGGGCACUGGGCGUGGGUGCCAAGCAUGCACUGGGGCUCUAUGGGGGCCCCAUGAACAUACGGGCUGCCUUCAACCUGGUGGCAGCGGUGGUGGGCUUUGUGGCCUAUGCCUUCUCCACAGACUCUCUCACUCAUGCCCUGGAAGCCUGGCUGGACCGCCGCACAGCCUCCCUGUCUGCAGCCUAUGCCCGGGGUGGAGUGGAGUUCUAUGAGAAGGUUUUAUCCGGCAACGUAGCCCUGCGCAGCCUCUUGGGCACACACGGAGCGAAGCUGUAUACGCCUAGUGGGAACAUCGUUCCCAGACACUGGUUCCGCAUCAAACAUUUACCCUUCACGACCCGCCGGGAUUCUGUGCUGCAGAUGUGGAGGGCCACGCUCAACUCGGGCCGCUCCUGAGGGACUCAUCACAAGGACAGAUGCGGCUCCUGCAGGCACCACCCUGCUGUUGACUCUGGGGGCUCUCUUGGUGCCUCUGGACCCACAGCCCAUUGUCAGAUAAAUCAGACUUUGGAAUUAAACAGCCUAGGUUCUAUCCCGGUCCACCACUCAUGAUCCCGGGAGCUUGGGCAAGUCCCUUUUGAAUCUAAGCCUCGGUUUCCUCAGCUGUCAGAUGGGGACGAUGUAAAUUACCUGGCAGGAUUGUGGGGCAGCGUGAGUUGUGAACGAAAGGGCUUGGCCAAGAGGACAUCCCUCGAAGAAAUGGGAUAUCCCUCCUUGGUGUUUGAAUACCAGCCGGCUGUGGGAGUCAGGCCGCUUCUCCCCCCUGGAGGUGCUUGCACGACGUGUACAACCACCCUGUAGUUUACCUGGUGGUCUAAUCCCAAUUUCCUUCUAUUGUGGCAGACAUUGAAAACCUUCGAGGCCCAGGUGAGAAGCUAGUGUCGCCCUGAGAGGCUGGGAAGUGGGAGCUUGAGGGAGAGCUUCAAGGGUGAUGUGUCCAGCGAAGAUGGCAUGCUCAGAGAGAGCCCCUGGGCCUGAAGGGGAGUGGAGGUGUUGCUGGAACCCGGCAAGACCUAUGGCCGAAGGAAGAGGAAGGAACAAGCCAUUGCAGAACUGAGGCUCUGCAGGGAGGGAGCCUGCUGAUGCAUGAUGCAUGCUUUGAUAAAGCAAGUUGCCAUAUUGGAGCCUUGCCAUAGCACGGAACUAAGGGCCAUCUCUGAUCAACAGCUGGCUAAGAACUGAGGCCCUCAAUCCAACAGCCCAUGAGGGACUGAAUUCUGACAACAGCUGGAACUGAAUUCUGACAACAACUGAGUAGGCUUGGAAGAUAAUCUGUUCCCAGUCGAGCUUUCAGAAGAGACAACAGCCUCAGCCAGCACCUUCGCUGUAACCUGUGACAGACUCUGAAGCAGAGGACACAGCUAAGUUAUGCUUGGAUCCUUGACCCACAGAAGCAGUGAGACAAUAAGUGUGGGUUGUAUGAACCACUUAGUUUUAUGGUAAUUUUUUGUGCAACAACAGCUAACUAAUGCACAUGAUUAAUUAACAAUGGUUUGGGGUGCCUGGGUGGGUCAGUUGAACAUCCAACUCUUGAUUUCCGCUCAGGUCAUGAUCUCGACGGCUCUUGGGAUUGAGCCCU